AGCGCGCGCGCGCACACACAGUAAUGCGAUUACUCUCGUGUCGUGGGGAUUUAAGGGUCAUUUCGGGAAAUCGUUGCCAUCGGCCGUGGAGGUAGAACAGGACGUUUGGACAACAGUUUUUCUUUUUUCUUUUCUUUUCCCUCUUUUUUUUGCUGGCCUGAAAUUAACUGGAGAGUUUGAGCGUAUAAACCCGCCUAUGGGAGUGCUUACUGAUGUAGCAGAGAGUAACACACACACUUACGCACACACUUACGCACGCACGCACACACACACACGCGCAGAGGGCGCUAGCGUGUGGCGGAGGAACAUUUCCACAUUUCUACAGGAUGUGCUCGCUUCUCUGGCACUUUCACGCCGUGUCUGACGGGGAUUACCUGCCUCUCCAAACUAGCAUGGUGGGAGGACAGUAACGCCGAGGGAAGAUGUGCCGGCGGUCGUGGCUUUCCGAAUGGCUGAGGAUCGGCAUCGGUGUCCUCGUAGUCGUAGCUUCCAGUUGCGGUGAGGACCCAGAUGACUGGCAGUAUGAAGACUGCAAGCUCUCCAGAUCUGGGCCACCAGCCACCAUAGUAGCCAUAGAUGAAGAGAGUCCUAAUGGGACCAUCCUGGUGGAGAACAUGCAAAUCAACGGCCGUGCAGAAAACCCUAACAGAACCAUCUCCUUAUCCCUGAGAGACAACUAUGACCACUGGGUAAUCCUGGACCCUGUCAAACAACGGCUUUAUCUUAACAGCACCGGGAGAGUUCUGGACCGGGAUCCUCCUUCAUUCAUGCAGUCCAUUGUGGUGCAGGUCCAGUGCACCAAUGAGAUGGUUGGUACGGUGAUUCUUCAUGAAGUGCGGAUCGUUGUGAGGGAUCGUAAUGACAACGCACCUCGUUUCCAGCAGCCACGGUACUAUGUGGCUAUAAACGAGCUCACUCCUGCUGGGACCACCAUCUUCUCAGGCUUCACGGGGAACAAUGGUGCUGUUGAUAUCGACGACGGACCAAACGGACAAAUCGAGUACACCAUCCAGUACAACCCUAAUGACCCGACAGCGAGCAGAACCUUUGACAUCCCGCUCACCCUGUCUGGCUCUGUGGUGCUAAGAGAGAGACUGAACUAUGAAGAGAUCACACGCUACCUGGUCAUCAUCCAGGCCAAUGACCGAGCUCCUGACCCUAAAGUGCGACUGACUGCCACCACAACUCUGACGGUGGAUGUGCUGGAUGGAGAUGAUCUGGGCCCCAUGUUCCUGCCCUGCAGCUUGGUUGAAAACACUCGUGACUGCAAGCCUCUGACUUACAGAGCCACCGUCCUGGAGCUUGUAGACCCAAGCAAAGCGAACCCAGUGAACGUGACUCCUCCGAUCCAGGCUGUGGAUCAGGACAGAAACAUCCAGCCACCGUCCGAACGCCCAGGGAUCCUCUACUCCAUCCUCAUCGGAAAGCCUGCAUUGUACGCCGAGUACUUCUCACUAAACAGCAGCACGGCCGAGCUCAGACUCCUGCAGCCGAUCAGCCGCGAGCAGCACCAGAGAUUCGACUUGAUCAUCAAGGCAGAACAAGACAACGGACAUCCUCUCCCAGCCUUCGCCAAUCUCCACAUCGAGGUACUUGAUGAGAACGACCAGGAGCCGUAUUUCCAGGCAAACUUCUACCAAGGCUUCAUCCUGGAAUCAGCUUCAGUUGGCACCACAGUCUCCAGCGACACCAGCCUCUCCUCUCCUCUAACCAUCAUUGCUCUGGAUAAGGACACGGACGAGACCAAAGAUCCCAUGGUGCGAAUCUCCCUGGACAGCUACGAAAGCAUCUUCGCGGUGACGCCCAGUGGGAUCGCGCGCUACCUGACACUCCUAAAGCCCGUGGACCGUGAAGAGCAGAAGAGUUACAGCUUCACAAUGAUGGCGUCCGAUGGGGUGCACCAGAGCUCACCAGUUGCAGUUAAUAUCACAGUGAUUGAUGCCAACGACAACACGCCAACCUUCCCCAACAUCUCCUACAGCGUCAGUGUUUACACAGACAUGCGGGCCGGAGAAGUCGUAUUACGGCCCGUAGCUUCCGAUAAAGACGAGGGUCCGAACGGGGUGAUAAGCUACGGCAUUGUGGCAGGAUCUUGGGGCCACUUCAUCAUGGAUAACCAAACAGGACUGAUCAGCGUGGCACCCGGAGUCAACCUAACAGUGGGCAGCUCAUAUGCCCUCACUGUCAAGGCAACAGAUAACGCAGCUAUUGACCAGAGAAGGAGCUCCAUCACCACCGUGUAUAUCGAGGUGUUGCCACCCAACAACCAGAGUCCUCCACGCUUCCCCCAGCUCCUCUACAGCCUGGAGAUCAGCGAAGCUAAGAGGAGCGGAGCCACGCUGCUCAACCUGCAGGCAACAGACCGAGAAAAAGAUCCCAUUAUGUACAGCAUCCUCGGCGGAGAUCCUGAUAACAUCUUUGAACUCAAUCAAACGUCGGGACUCUUCCUGCUGGGAAAGAUGCUGGACAGAGAGCGCACGGAUCGCUACACACUGAUCGUUUCUGCCUCCGACGGCAGGCCGGAUGGGACCUCAACUGCCAAGGUUAACAUCCUGGUGACUGAUGUGAACGAUAACGAUCCUAUGUUUGAUCUUCUGCUGCCUCAAAAUCUCACCGUUGCGGAAGAGCAGGCCGACGCUUUUGUUGGUCGAGUAAAGGCCACGGAUCCUGACUCCGGAGUGAACGGACAGGUGCGUUACAGGUUACUGAGCCACGCCGAACUCUUCCGGAUCAGUGCAGAUGGAGGCAUCUGGACGGAGGUGGCUCUAGACAGAGAGCAGAGGGAGCAUUAUGAGCUGGUGGUGGAGGCAUGGGAUGAGGCGCUGGACCCCCGCAGAUCUUCUAUCACACUCUCCGUCACAGUGUUGGACAUAAAUGAUAACAGUCCAGUUUUCUCCCAGCCAUCCUAUAGCAUCAAUCUGCCCGAGAACAACCCACCGCACAUGGGCAUCCUAAACCUUACAGCUCUAGACACAGACCUGAACUCAAACACCACCUACCGGAUCAGGACACCAGAGGCCAAGAAGCUCUUUGAUCUAAACCCUGUUACAGGAGAGCUGAAGGUGCUGCACACGCUGGACUUUGAGAAGCUUUCUCCUGAGGAGACCACACACACCUUCGUAGUGGAGGCAGUGGACAGCUCUGGCACCAUGCCACCCGGUUCAGCCACCGUCACCGUCACCAUCACCGACAUGAACGAUUUUUCACCCGUCUUCAGUCAACCUCUGUAUCAAGGCAUGGUGGCACCCAAUGCAGUCAAAGGAACCAUCGUGACCAGUGUGCAUGCUGCAGACCAAGACACCAUGGGCAAAGCAGCCGAUCGAGUGCACUACAAACUGGACGUGGAUCAGUUCCCCUACAGUGCCAGCAUCUUCGAAGUAGAGGAGGACACAGGAAAUAUUCUCACCAGGGUCAAUCUCAAUGAGGAUCCCAACACCAAAUUCACUCUCACGAUUAUUGCUUAUGAUGAUGGGCAGCCACAGAAGUCCAAUAAGACCUUGGUGGAAAUCACCGUCCUGCAGCCCUCUGCCAUUCCCAUCUUCACUCAGGAGGAGUACAGGUUUCCUCCAGUCAGUGAGAAAGCUCCUCCAGGGAAGGUGGUCGGAGUCAUCCUGGCUUCUGCCAUAAAUCAGAGCAUCGUCUACUCCAUCAUUGAAGGGAAUGAAGGCGGAGAUUUCAGCCUCAACAACCAGACCGGAGUGAUCUCCACAGCUAAGCCUCUGGACUUUGAGAGCAACACCAGCUACGUGCUGCGUGUGGAGGCCGACUCCAUGAGAGUGAUCUCAUCCAACCUGCGGGCUCCUGCAAAAAGUAACACGGCCAAGGUGUUCAUCGAGGUGCGAGAUGAAAACGACCACCCACCUAUUUUCACUAAGCCGUUCUACCUGGCCGGAGUCACCGAGGACGCUAAGACAUUCACAUCCGUCCUGCAGGUUGAGGCUGUAGAUAAAGACACAGGGAAUUAUAGUGUCAUGAAGUACCGGCUUAUCGUCCCUCCGUCACCAGAAGGGAAAGACAGCUUCGUGAUCGAGCCGUACACGGGCGUCGUCAAGACUGCCAUCAUGUACCGCAACAUGCGCCGCUCCUACUUCAGAUUCGAAGUCGUCGCCACUGACGACUACGGAGAAGGCCUGAGCAGCACAGCGCAAGUGGUGGUGUCUGUGGUCAAUCAGCUGGAUAUGCAGGUGGUGGUGUUCAACGUGCCCCCGACUGCGGUGGAGCAGAACAAGAAGCAGCUGAUGAGUAUCCUUGAGCACUAUGUUCAGGACCAAAUCCCGGGUGCCAUAGUGGUGGUGGAAUCCAUUGGGCCACGGCGGUUUGGAGAGACCUACGAACAAGAUGACUACUCCAGCUCAGACCUCAUGGUGUAUGCCAUUGACCCUCUGACCAACAGGGCUAUCUCCAGACAAGAGUUAUUCAAGUUUCUGGAUGGAAAGUUACUGGACAUAAAUAAGGAGUUCCAGCCGUACCUGGGCAGGGGAGGCAGGAUCCUGGAGAUCCGCACACCUGACAUUGUGCAGAAUGUGAAGAAAGCUGUGCAGUCUGUAGGCUACACGGAAGGAGCGCUGCUGGCUCUCGCCGUCAUCAUAGUUAUUUUCUGCAUCCCAGCCAUCCUUGUUGUCAUCAUCACGUACCGACAAUUUAAAGAACGACAAGCUGAAUGUGCCAAAACCGCCAGGAUCCAAAUGGCUCUCCCAGCUGGCAAACCCGGAGGCAUCGCUGCUAGCAAUCUGUAUGAGGAACUAGGCGACAACACCAUGAGAGGGUACGGACAUCAGGAGCAACAACAGUUGCUACGGCCCUCUCUCUUGAGACCGGAGGAACUAUCUAUGGAAUCAGGCAUUGACCCGGGGCAGGACUAUUAUACGCAGGAUUACUAUAAUUACGACCACGGAUAUGACUUGCCUCAGUAUGGCAGUCGCAGGAAGCUGAUAUCUCCGGCAGGAACAUACGACGAGUACGGCGAGGUGAUUGUCGAGGAUGAUGGCAGCUAUUAUUACAGUCCUCAUGAAUCAGAAGGAGAGUUUGGCAGGAAGAAGAGAAUCAAGUUGGUCGUGGAUCGUGAGUAUGAGACCAGUUCAACCGGAGAUGAAAGUGCUCCAGAGUCCAACAGGAACCGACUGUCCGGUGUCAACAGCCACGGUAACAUCAACGGCAGCAUCUACUUGGCUCAGAACGGUUCCAUCAUCCGAACACGCCGAGCCACCCACACGACCAAUAUCAAAUUUAGCUCUCCUGUCCGGCUUGGAAAGCACUUCAAAAAACUGGACAAAUUAGCUGUGACUCAGGAGGAGAGAGUUCCCCUGAACAGCCCCGGUGCCUUGGGCGCCGCUGCAGGCGAACAGAACAUUAUCCCCAGGCCCUCCGGUGGGUCCUCGGCCUCCGGCUCUAUAGGACCGGAAAGCAUAGCUUGCAAAUAUAACGUGGCAACAGCCAGAUCUGAAAUAACACAAAGUGUGGACGAGCAAGAGUCCACUGUAGACAAUGCAGAGGUGAGGGAGGUGUUAGGGUCGCACAGUGACCGCACACAGUCCGACGAGGAAGAACUGUGGAUGGGACCUUGGAACAACCUGCACAUACCAAUGACAAAACUGUGACAUGUCUUGUAAUAUAAUCCCUUCCAUGUUCAUUUGUAUUGUAUUAAUAAAAGAAAAAAAAUGGAAUUUGCAGCUUUACAAUGAAAUUGCACUUUGAUUCUGUGUUUUUUGCUUUGGCCAGUGAGCUUGCAUCUUGACUAUCCAAGUCCUGAACAUCCAACACUGGUGUUUCUGGAUUUCUCUUUGUUCAUUUGAAAGAAUCUUUCAGUUACCAGAACAUUGUUGAAUCACUUUGGGGUUUUACAUUUCUAUGGGUUCUAUGAGUUUGAUGCAGGGUUGUCUCGAGUGGCGUACAGGAGCCCAGGGCGAGCCGUUUGUUGCGUGACCCAGGCAGAGGGAAUUGUGCGUAUACAGUAAAUAAACAUAUAGACCAGUAUACGGGUUACAGCAAAGCAAAUGACGUACCGCACACUUCAGAACUCGGCCGCCGAGUCGGAUCUUCGGCUCAGAUUUAGAGGCGAAACCGGUGUACAUGGAGGGCACGAGGCAAGCGUCCGGCUCUGUGACGAGGGAUUAAACUGUAAUUGACAUUUGGACAUCUGAUAUUGAUUUACGAAUAAGUUUGUUUGGAAAAAUUGUAAUUGCAGCCCAUUUAUUUUUCUUAAAUUUGGAAGUUUUGGAAAAACACAAAUACAGUAUGAGCGUGCGAGUGAUUUAUUGUGUAUACAGCUACGCUGAGCGACACUACACGGGUCAGGACUGAGGGAUUACGUUUAAAUAGCAGAAUAUAAAUAAAAUGUACUUCACAUUUAACGGUGCAGUCUAAAAAACAGACGAUCACUGACAUCACUGUUGGGUUUUUUUCUAUCCAUCCCUUGAUGUCUGAUUAAUAACACGGUUUUCUCUUACGUGCUUUGACCGAUCUGUGUUUAUUCAUUGCUUUCUGCCACCGCCACAAUAUUUUACCUGCCUCCAUCAGAGCGUGUGCGUCGUCGUUUUAUUUAUUGCCGGGAAAGGUGGCGCUCCAGAUACUCCACGUUAGUCGUAACCAUUAGUCGUGGCCUUAAUGGUUAGAGAGUCUGACUCGUAACCCUAAGGUUGUGGGUUCGAGUCUCGGGCCGGCAAUACCACGACUGAGGUGCCCUUGAGCAAGGCACCGAACCCCCCCAACAUCAUAAAUGGCUGCCCACUGCUCCGGGUGUGUGUUCACUGCUGUUUGUGUGCACUUUGGAUGGGUCAAAUGCAGAGAACCGUCACCGUACUUAGCUGUAUGUCACGUCACUUCACAUACUCUACAUACCCCAAGUAACAUUAGUGCUUGAUAUUCAAAGAUGAAAAAUAGUCGUUCUUAUGCAAUUCUUUAAAACCCAUUUCAAGCAUGAUGUACGGUCAGCAUGGGUCUCUGGGCAACUGCUCACCCUUUGAGGCAGCCCUGGGUAGAAGUCUAUAUUUCUGUUGUGAUUUAUUCAGCAAUGCAUGUGAAUGAGUUAAAGGUGCAGUUUGUCAUUGUAAAGUGCUUUUCUACUCCAAAAAAAAAAAAAAGCUAUAUAAGAGAGGAUCAGUGAUUCCGAUUAUUGCCAUGCAAUGGAUCUCACUAGUUUCUUACUUUUGGGCUUUUCCAAAACCCCCUUCAUCCGAGCCGAACGUGAGCCGUGUGUAAUCUCGACAAAGAAGGGUUUGAGGUCAUUUUGAAAUAAAGGGGACUGUUUAUUUUUAUUGCGAUCCAUUACAAGCCAGCAGAAGACUCUCAUACUUACAAACUGUUCCUUUAAUAGAGCAUUUAAUUGGAUCUGAAAAUACUUUUAAUCAAUAAGAAUUAUGCUCGAUUCCUUUUCUUGUUCACUACGACUCAAAUGACAACAAGGCGUUUUAUUUUCCUAAGGUCAGAGAGAACAGCCACAUGAAUAAACUUUCUUGGUCAAUAUUCUGUGAGCUUCUUUUUUCUUUUUUUCUGGCAUUCAUUCAACAGAAAGAGAGGCUACGUAAUCACUUUAAAGUACUUCCUAAAGAUUUAGGCAGGUAGAAAGAGACUGAAAUUAAAGCAGGAUUUUUAAUACGAUCAAAAUAAUAAACCGUAAUAAAUUAAACAAUUGUCGCGAUGUGAAAUUUUCAAAUAAUAAUUUGAUCCCGUUAUGAGUAACAGACAUCAGACAACAAUAUUACUGUAAAUACACUAUGUUUUUGUGUUAUUGUACUUUAGAUCAGAAAGGUCUAUUUUUCUUAAAUGGUUGUGAUUAUGUAAAUUAUUUUUAGCUCAAAACACAAAUGGGUUUGGAGUUCUGUCCAUAUAUGAAUGACAUAAUGUUGAUGAAUAGUAAUCAAUAAUCUGCAUAAAGUCAGAGUUUUGUUGUUGUUGUUGUUUGUUUGAUUGAUUGAUUGUGAUAAAUGCUAGAAGGUUAUGUUUCCUUUUUUUUUUUUUGAUGUAACGCCUAUUUUGG